UCAGCACCAGUUCUGUGUUGGAAAUACACAACACCAGCAGGAAUCAGGGAGGGCAGUACACCUGUACAGCUUAUAACACUCUCACACCAAGUGAAGGACCUCAACAGUUAGGCUCAGCUACAGGACAGGUUUUACUGGACAUACUGUACCCACCAACUAUCUCUGGGUUACCAUCAGUGAUGAACGUCACGGAGUUCUCUUCAUUCAGUGUGGACUGCAGCAAUGUAACUACCCCGGGAAACCCAGGAGGCACAAACUACACAUGGACACACAAUGGUUACACUGUCAGUUCAGAGCCACAGCUUGUACUAGAGAGCAUGAGUAGGAACCAGAGUGGACUGUACACCUGUACAGCCAGCAACAUGCUCAGACCAAGUGGAGGCAGGCUACAACUGGGGACAGCAAGCGAACCUGUUAGUGUCGAUGUGCAGUAUGGUCCCAGGAAUAGCGUAACUAUUUCACCAUCAGGAUCACUGAGUAUGGUUGAGGGAACCGGUGCUUUCACUGCCACCUGCACUGCCGAGUGUAACCCAAGCUGCACUAUAACAUGGAGGAAAGACAACAUCCCCUUGGCAGGCCAGAUGAGUCUCAGCAAUGUGUCCAGAACAGACCAGGGGGACUACACCUGUCAGGCACAAAACGGCAUUGGGGACUCUCAGGAAAAGAACAUCAGACUCACUGUAUACACUCCACCCUCUGUACCCACAGACUUCCAGGUGGCUGCUGUGACUGACACAUCUGUGUCUCUACAGUGGACCUCCAGCUUCGACGGUGGGGCUGACCAGACGUUCACUCUCCUGUACAAGUCGGACUUGGAGUCUCAUUGGUUGACAUGGAACGACAACAUAGCCGAUACAGGAAGUAGUCAUCACGUCAGUGUGCACAUCCCAGGACUGACACCUGCCGUGACGUACCACUUCCAGUUGUAUGCUACUAAUGUCUAUGGUGAAGGGGAGAUAACAGUGUUAAAUACAACAACCACACUAUCCAAAGCAUCGGUCAUGAGCAAACAUGGAAUUACAAUCGGCCUUGCAGCUGGACUCGGUAUUCUGGUUGUGGUUGCCCUCGUCACCGUCUCGGUGGUUCUUUGUCGGAGACAGACCCAACACACUUUGGUUGUAGGUGGAGAGGAACCUACAAACCUACCUAUGAAUUCGUUCAUGCCUCGACCCAGUCCAUUCCAGCAUGAUUCUGUUGACGUGAACACCAAGAGCUGCGAUGCCACCAAACAGAGCUGUGAGGAUUAGUGUCCAUUGAUGGAUUCUUCCUGGUUAUUUACAAUCCAUAUCAGCUGAAGACAGAUGCCUGCUUUGCCAUCUAUUCUGAAUAACUAGUUUAAAUCCCAUGUACUUUA